AUGAUCAUGGCAUCGACGGAAGAGUCCAAAUUCCAGUUCCAAGACAGACCUGUCGACCAGGGGCGGGAAAUCAGAGCCCUCAUCAUCGGAGCCGGGGUGUCUGGAAUUGGCACAUAUAUUCGCUUGAGGCAGUAUGUUGCCAACCUCAAAAUCACAAUCGUGGAGAAGAAUCCUUCACUUGGUGGCACCUGGUACGAAAACCGCUAUCCUGGAGUUGCGUGUGACAUUCCGUCCGCGGUAUACCAAUACACAUUCGAACCCAACACGCAGUGGUCCAAGUAUUUCUCUCCAGGGGCCGAGAUCCAGGAGUACGUGAAAGGGGUAGCGAAGAAGUACGGCGUGUCUGAGAAGGUCCAGUACAACACGAGAGUCACGGGAGCAACCUGGGACCAAGAUGCCGGCGUAUGGCAUGUCGAGCUGGAAACAUGCGGUGCCGACGGUGUCAAGUCCCGGCAAAACAUCGAGACCGAAGUGGUGAUCAGUGCGACGGGCUUGCUCAACAAGUGGAAGUGGCCGACCAUCGCCGGCCUUCACGACUUCAAAGGCAAGCUGCUUCACUCGGCGGACUGGGACAGUUCAUGGGACUGGACGGAUCAGAAAGUCGCCUUGAUCGGCUGCGGCUCGUCGGCGAUCCAAAUUCUUCCUAAACUGCAAGCAAAAGCAGCCGCCGUGUACAAUUUUGCGCGCGGCGGAACAUGGAUCAGCCAGCCGUUCGGUGGAAGCUUCACGACCGACACCAUUGCGAAGAGCGACGAGCCCGGGAACUAUACCUACACGGCCGAGGAACUGCGGAGGUUCGCCAACGACAAGGAAUACUACAAGGCGUUCCGCAAGUCGAUGGAGCGGUUCAUCAACAUGGACUACCCGUGCUUGUUCCCCGGGUCGCCCGAGGAGGUGGCCGGCACCGAAGCCAUCAUGACCAACAUGAAGACGAAGCUGGCCAGCAAGCCCGAAGUGUUCGCGGCGCUGAAGCCCAAGUUUGUCCCCGGGUGCAGGAGAUUGACUCCUGGGCCGGGCUACCUCGAGGCGCUGACCCAGGAUAAUGUGGACUUUAUAACCACGCCGAUUGAGAAAGUGACCGAGAAUGGCAUCUUGACUUCGGACGGGAAAGAGUACCAAGUCGAUGCGAUCGCCUGUGCCACGGGAUUCGACACGUCCUUCAUGCCCCAGUUCCCCAUCGUAGGACGCGAGGGCACCUCUAUCAGCGACGCGUGGUCGCAUCACGCAUCGGCGUACAUGUCCCAUUCCGUGCCCGGGUUUCCCAACUACUUCUUCAUAGGCGGGCCCAACUCCGCCACGGGCGGUGGGAGCUUGCUCAUCAUCUUCGAGAGCAUCAUCGGGUACGUCGUCAAGGCGGUCCAGAAGCUGUCGCGCGAACACCUGCGCAGCAUCGAAGUCAAGCCCUCGGCCCUAGACAGCUGGAACAGCUUCCUCGACGCCUACUUCCCGCUCACCGUGCACGUCGACGACUGCACGAGCUGGUACAAGGUCAACGGCAAGAUCACGGGUCUGUGGCCCGGGAGUAGUCUGCACGCUCGCGCCACCCUGGAGCACCCCAGGUGGGAGGACUACGAGUACGAGAGUCUCCGCGGACAUGACUUGCUCGAGUGGCUGGGCAACGGGUGGACAGUGGCAGAUAAGGAGAGGGGUGAUCUCAGUUUCUAUUUGGACCAGGUCGAUUAUCCACCCGUACCGGACCAGUGA